UCCUCCCUUGGCUUAUAUAAUAGAGAUAAAAAAAAUUAAAAAUUGCGUAUUACAAGGUUUGAUCCGGUGACUUCAAUUUCAUAUAUUAAAAUCUUAAACACUAGACAAAGUGAUAUUUAGUGUUAUCAUUUAAAGUAAAAUAUUAAUAAAUGAAUUUUUUUUACGAGGCAUAAUCCGAACCUAAUGAGUAAUUAUAUAAUAACUAGUGGAAUUUGUCUUGUAAGAGACCGCCUACUCUUAAAUUAAAAUUAGUUAAUGGUAAGUCAAAUAUUAAAAAAAAAAAAAAGCCCAAUAGUGACUAGUAUAAUUUCUUUCGAUGACUAGUUUAAUCAAUUUAGUGACUAGGUUACUUUUAUAUUAGAAUUAGAGCCUCUCUUUAUCGUAACUAGUGUAUAUUAUAAGGUGGGUAACUAUUUCAAAUUUGAAUCCUUACUAUAUAUUUCCCAUAUAUAAAAAAAAAUUCCAAUACUCCUUUUGAUUUCUUUCCUUAUUUUCCUCAAACCUUAAUUACUCAGUAUCUCCAAGAGUCCAAUAUUUGACCAGAUAAUAAUUUAUUAAAAAAAAUAGGGAACUAAAAACUCGUAGUUGUUUUUUUUUUCAUUUUAUUUCGCAGAAACAAAUAUGGAAGGUCCAGCUAUUAUUAACAAUAAAAUUACAGAUUUAAUUAAUCCAUCACUACUAUUAUCCAAAUCAUUCUAAUAUAUAUAUACAUACAUAUCCACACCCAAUUUUCUCAAGCAAAAAAACUUCCAUUACAUAAAAAAAAAACCAUUAUUCUUCCACAAACAAUUUCUUCAAUUCCAACAAAAUAAAAAAUCAAUUACAAAUUUACAACACCAUGGAAAUAAUUCAAUUAGAAGAACAAAAUGGGCCGGGAAGCCCAUACUGGAAGCUAUUUUCAGUGGCCUCAAUUGCAGCAGGAGUCCAAUUUGGUUGGGCUUUACAACUAUCACUUUUAACCCCAUAUGUCCAAUUACUAGGGGUCCCACAUACUUGGGCCUCAUUUAUAUGGCUUUGUGGGCCUAUAUCAGGGAUGGUGGUCCAGCCCAUUGUUGGGUAUAGUAGUGACCGUUUAACGUCGAAGUUUGGUAGACGGAAACCGUUUAUUUUCGCCGGAACGGCGUUAAUAUGUGUGGCAAUUUUGUUAAUUGGGUUUGCAGCUGAUAUUGGGCUUAAAUUGGGUGAUUCUCUUAAUCAAGCUACUAAACCUAGAGCUGUUGCUUUUUUUGUGGCUGGAUUUUGGAUCCUUGAUAUUGCUAAUAAUAUGGUGCAGGAUCCAGCAAGAGCAUUUUUGGCAGAUCUUUCAAACCACAACCACAGAAAAAUGAGAGUAGCCAAUGCAUUCUUCUCAUUUUUCAUGGCAAUAGGCAACAUUUUAGGCUAUGCAGCUGGCUCUUACAACCGCCUUUACAAGUUUCUUCCCUUCACCCUAAGUCAUGGGUGUGACAUUUAUUGUGCCAACCUUAAAACAUGCUUCUUAAUUGACAUUAUCUUCCUAAUUGUCUUAGUUAGUUUUGCCCUAAUUUUUGUUCCGGAGCCCCGUUUCGAGAAAAAAUCCGACCACGAGGACCCGUUUUUCGUUCAAGUCAAGUCGACGGUUCGAAAUUUGGGUAAGCCCAUGUGGUUGCUCUUCCUAGUCACGGCUAUGAAUUGGGUUGCUUGGUUCCCAUUCUUGUUGUUUAAUACUGAUUGGGUUGGUAAGGAGAUAUAUGGGGGUGACCCUGCUGGAUCUGAGGCCCAAAAAGUGGUGUAUGAUCAUGGGGUUGGGGUUGGAUCAUUGGGCCUAAUGUUGACUGCACUUACUUUGGGCCUUAUGUCAAUUGCUAUAGAUCCUUUGUCAAAAGUUCUUGGUGGUGCUAGGAGGCUUUGGGGGGUGGUCAAUUUUAUUUUGGCGGCUGCAUUAGCGUUGACUGCGGUGGUCACAAAGUCAGCUGAGCAUGCAAGGAAGUUGGCCCCACCAGGGACCCCACCACCCAAAAAUGUUAAGGCUGGUAUAUUGACGCUUUUUGCUUCCAUGGGUAUCCCACAAGCGGUAACAUUUAGCAUUCCCUUUGCUUUGGCAUCUAUGUUUUCCUCUGAUUCUGGUGCUGGUCACGGGCUUUCUCUAGGUGUUCUGAACUUGGCAAUCGUUAUACCUCAGAUGUUUGUGUCACUAAUAAGUGGACCAUUGGAUAAGUUAUUUGGAGGUGGUAAUCUCCCUGCUUUUAUGUUAGGAGCUGUGGCAGCAUUUAUCGACGGAAUCCUUGCUCUUACCGUGCUUCCUCCUCCAAGUUCUAAUACUUAA